AACAAUCCUACCUCUUAGCAUAGUUCGUAGAUGUACAAAAAAAACCACUUUAGGCGGCUACGAGAUAGCUGAAAACACUCCAAUUUUCGUUAAUUUGGCAGCGAUGCAUCAUGAUCCUGACUUGUGGGGCGAUCCUGAAGUUUUUAGACCGGAAAGAUUUCUGAAGGAGGAUGGGCAAUUAGCCAAAGAUUUUUCACUUCCUUUUAGUUUCGGUCAUCGAUUAUGUCCAGGUGAAACUUAUUCUAGAUAUAACAUAUUCGGGACAUUGGUUCUUUUGCUACAAAACUUCAACUUUUUUUUCGUUGAGGGUCAGCCAUCGAGCCUCGAGGAUAAGGAUUCGGGUAUAGUCGUCCUUCCCAAAGAUCUAUGGAUACGUUUCGAAUCACGUUAAUAUUUGUUAUUUAAUUAUUUUAUCGACAAGCAAUCUUCGAAAUCAAGCAACGUCGGCGAUGAUUGACACUUGGAUGUGUAACCGUUUUUUCAGAUACAGAGAUUAAAAACAUGCUUUAACAGAUACGACUGUAGCUUCAUCUGUCCUCUAAAGCCGUGUGUUUUACCGACAUUCUGUUUAAUCACUUAAUUUCGAAUUGAAUUUACAGAAUUGAUA